AUGGUACCCUACUUCGAAGGGGAGGGCGUGAAUCCGAGGGGGGUGGAGGAGGCGCUCAAUUGCUGGGAGGAGGGUGCGUACGAAGCGGAGACGCUGGAGACGCUCGCCGACGCGCGCGAUAAGGUUUUUGCUCGCCUUCCCUGGGACCCCGUGUUGCAUGUCACUGUCAUCACUCUCUCCGGCGAUCGGCACAAGAUCGAGACGUCGGCGCGAUAUAUGCAAACGUUGACCGUGGCAGUGAUCGGCGUCGUCAUCGUCGUGGUCGCUGGCCGCCGGAGCUACGGCUACGCGGCUUCAGCAGCCGGCCACAUUGAUAGCUGGCGGAGCCGUGAGCUGCCCGUGCUUGUUCGGCCUGCCGAGGCGCAGCGAUGCGCGGAUGGCGAGCAGGGCAUCGUCUACCUCGACCACGCCGGCGCGGCGCUCCCACUCGCCUCGCAGCUCAGAGCCGUAGCAGAGGACUGCACGACACGACCUCUCGGCAACCCGCAUUCGGCGGGUCCGGCGGCGGGCGCGGCCAGCGCCGAGCUCGACCGCGCCAGAUCCCUCGUGCUCGCCCACUUCUGCGGCUCGCAUGCGCCGGACUGGGAGGUGAUUUGGACGGCGGGCGCGACGGCGUCGCUGAGGCUGGUGGCAGAGCACUUCCAGUUCUGCGGCCGCUCGGCACUGCUGAUGCCGUCCGCGUGCCACACCUCCUGCAACCUGACCGGAGACGUCUCCGACAUUCGGGCGGCUUCGGCGGGGCUCGCGCAGCUUGGGACCGGUCACGGCGGCACGUGGUGGCUCAUGCUGGACGCCGCAAAGGCGGCGGCGACGGGUCCGCUCCACCUGCACGCCAGCGGAGCGGCCCUUUGCGCCGUCUCCUUUUACAAGCUGUUCGGCUCUCCGACGGGGCUGGGCACGCCUCCCGCCCGCUUCUCGCUCCCUCGCGCGCUGCUCGUGCGGCGCGACGCGCUGCGCCUCCUGCGGAAGGACAGCCGGCACGGCUACUUUGGCGGAGGCUCGCACGCCGCCGUCGACGCCUUAGCCGACGGGACAGCGCACUACUUGGGCGUCGCGGCGCUGGCGCGAGGGUUCGAGGUGCUCGAGGCGGUCGGCGGGCCGGCCGCCAUAGCGGCGCACACUCGCGCACUCGCGGCCGAGCUCCGGUCCCGCCUCCGCUCCCUUCGGCACGCCGACGGGCGGCGCGCGGUCGUGCUCUACGGUGCGUGGGCGGGCGGCGAGGGAGGCGCCGGCGAGGGAGGGGCCGGCGAGGGAGGAGCCGAGGGCGCCGUUCGCACUUCGCUCGGCGGACCAACAGUCGCCUUCAACGUCGUGCGGCACGACGGCAGUGUCGUCGGGUACGCCGAGGCGGACGUGCUCGACGCGGUGCGCGCGGGGAAACAGUGCGGCGACGAGCGGGACGUCUUGGGCGGCCGGCCGACCGGCGUGGUGCGCGCCUCGCUCGGCAAGGACUCGAGCUGGGAGGACGUGGACGCCUUGCUCUCCUUCCUGCACGAGACGUUUGUGCUCGUGCCGGCGGAGCGCACGUCCUCCGCCGACGCCGCCGACGCCGAGGCGGACCCGCGUCCGGCCGCACCUUGCCGCGUGCUCGAGCUGUUCGUGCACCCUCUCAAGUCGUGCGGUGGCAUGCGCGUGCGGCGGUGGCCCCUCGACCCGCUCUCGGGGCGGUUGCUCUAUGACCGAGAGUGGGGCCUUGCCGGCACGCUCCUCCGCUCGACGGCCCACCCUCGCCUCGCCCUGCUCCGGCCGGAGCUCGACCUCGCCGCCGGGCUGCUCACCGUCUCUGCGCCGGGCCUCGCCACACUCACGCUCUCGCUGCCGCUGGAAGAGAAGCAGGCGAGGCGAGGGUGGGCCGUGGAGCGGAGGAGCGAGUCGCUGACGCUGUGCGGCGAGGAGUGCUACGGCGCGGCGGUCGGAGGGCCAGAGGCGGCGCUGUGGUUCGAGCGCGCAGAGGGCGUGCCGUGCCGGCUCGCGCCGCUGCUGCUCGUGUCGCAAGAGUCCGUCGAGACGCUCAGUAGCGCGUUGCGGCGCGAGGGGGAGCGCCCAGUCGGCGCCCGGAGCUUCCGCCCAAACAUCGUGGUUGGCGCUCCCCGCGCUUCCCCGGGCGGCACACGCCCAGAGGCUCCGCUCCUCUCUGCAGCCGCCUCCGGCGCAGAGGAUGGCUGGACGGCCCUCCGCGUCGGCGGGCUGCGCUUGCGCGUGGCCGGCCCGUGCGCACGCUGCAGCAUGGUGGAGGUGGACCCUGCCUCGGGGGCGCGGCACGGCUCGGUGCUGAGGACACUCGCCACCUACCGCCGCUCGCAUGCGCGCAUAAACUUUGGCGUCUUUUGCGAGUUGGAGCGCGCCGCGGCGGAGCGUGCCGGCGGAACCGAGCGGAUGUUUGUGGAGGAGGGCGACGAGGUUGAGCCGGUGGCACGCUCGCCGGCUUCUCCGACGACGCCGUGAGAGCCCAGGUGACAGAGAGGCGGCAGGCACGCGCCGCACGCCUGUCGUCGCGAGCGCGGCGUGGCGUUCGGGGUUCGGCCCGCAGGUGCGGGGUGCAAGGAUUUUGACGCUUUUGUGUUAUUUCAACUGUUGGGUUUCCGUCAGCACAUCA